AAGCACCGUCUCUCUCUCUCUCUCUCUGUCUAGUUCACUCCAUCGAGAUCUCUGUUCUCUCUGGUCCCUCGAAGAUGGAUCGGGGCUCCAAUGGAUUCGUGUUCACCAUUGGUAUCUUCAUGCUUCUUAUCUCAUCUUCUGAAUCAUUUUACUUGCCUGGUGUUGCUCCUCGUGAUUUUCAAAGGGGUGAUCCACUUCAAGUUAAAGUCAACAAAUUGUCGUCUACCAAGACUCAACUUCCUUAUGACUACUAUUACUUGAACUAUUGUAAGCCCAAGGAAAUUCAAAAUACUGCAGAAAAUUUGGGCGAGGUGCUACGAGGUGAUCGCAUAGAGAAUUCAGUUUACACGUUUCAAAUGAGAGAGGAGCUACCAUGCAAAGUUGGUUGUCGAAUAAAGCUUGAUGCUGAAUCUGCAAAAAAAUUCAGGGAAAAAAUUGACGAUGAGUACCGGGUUAAUAUGAUUUUAGAUAACCUACCAGUUGCUGUUCUUAGACAAAGACGGGAUGGCAGUCCGUCAACCACUUAUGAACAUGGUUUCCGUGUUGGUUUCAAAGGAAAUUAUGCUGGGAGCAAAGAUGAAAAAUAUUUCAUCAAUAAUCACCUGAGCUUUAGAGUCAUGUAUCACAAGGAUCUUGAGACCGAUUCUGCUCGAAUUGUUGGGUUUGAAGUUACUCCAAACAGUAUCAAUCAUGAGUACAAGGAGUGGGACGAUAAGAAUCCUCAAUUAACCACCUGUAACCAGAAUACCAAAAACAUAAUUCAAGGAAGCACUGUACCACAGGAAGUUGAUACAGGCAAGGAGGUUGUAUUCACAUAUGAUGUUACAUUCAAGGAGAGUGACAUCAAAUGGGCAUCGCGUUGGGACACCUACCUUCUUAUGAACGAUGAUCAGAUCCAUUGGUUUUCGAUCAUAAACUCCUUGAUGAUUGUCCUCUUUCUUUCCGGGAUGGUAGCUAUGAUCAUGAUGAGAACGCUCUAUAGAGACAUCACAAAUUAUAAUCAAUUGGACACACAAGAUGAAGCUCAAGAAGAAACCGGAUGGAAACUCGUUCAUGGAGAUGUUUUUCGAGCUCCCGUGAAUUCCGGGUUACUGUGUGUUUACGUUGGAACAGGCGUCCAGAUCUUCGGGAUGACACUCGCCACCAUGAUAUUUGCAUUAUUGGGCUUCUUAUCACCCUCCAACCGUGGCGGACUUAUGACGGCCCUCGUUCUUUUAUGGGUGUUUAUGGGCUUAUUUGCAGGCUAUUCCUCAGCCCGUCUCUACAAAAUGCUAAAGGGUACUGAAUGGAAGAAAAACACGUUGAAAACAUCUUUCAUGUUUCCCGGUAUCUUAUUUGCAAUUUUCUUCGUCCUCAAUGCCUUAAUUUGGGGAGAAAAGUCUUCCGGGGCUGUACCGUUUGGAACCAUGUUCGCUCUCGUUUGCUUAUGGUUUGGCAUUUCCGUACCUUUGGUUUUCGUGGGAAGUUACUUGGGUUUCAAAAAACCCGCUAUGGAAGAUCCGGUGAAAACGAACAAGAUCCCGAGACAAGUCCCAGAACAAGCUUGGUACAUGAAACCUGUCUUCUCGAUUCUUAUCGGUGGAAUUCUUCCAUUCGGGGCCGUUUUCAUCGAGCUUUUCUUCAUCUUGACGUCCAUUUGGCUUAACCAAUUCUACUACAUUUUCGGGUUUCUCUUCAUCGUGUUCGUCAUCUUGAUCAUAACAUGCGCAGAAAUAACCGUGGUGUUGUGUUACUUCCAGUUAUGCAGCGAAGACUACAAUUGGUGGUGGCGGGCUUACUUGACCGCCGGUUCGUCGGCACUAUACCUUUUUCUCUAUUCCGUAUUCUAUUUCUUCACGAAAUUGGAAAUCUCGAAACUGGUUUCGGGAAUCCUCUACUUUGGGUACAUGUUGAUUGCUUCGUAUGCAUUCUUCGUGUUAACGGGUACCAUCGGGUUUUAUGCUUGUCUUUGGUUUGUGCGAAAAAUCUAUGCGUCGGUUAAGAUCGAUUAGCGGGCAGUGUAGUGUUACUCUUAGGAGGGAAAACAAUCUUAAGGUUGUAAACAGACUUAUUGUAGAAUAGUGGUUUUGGUUUGUAUGA